AUGUUAUACAAUGACAAUAUAUGUGAUGAUACUUUAAAGCAUAUAGUUCUUAAAUUUAAAGAUAAUUUGGGGAGUUCUAUACCAAGGCUAUUAGGAGAUAAUAAAGAAGCUUAUCAACCCAACAACACCACACUAAAUUACUCUAUAAGGGUUUCAGAUGAACAAGAAAUGACGACAUUAGAUAAUGGACAUUGUGUUGAAUGUACUAAAAAGUUCUGUAACAUACCUUCACCUCCAAUUACUGAAUUUGGAUUUAACUGCUACGAGGCGAAAUCCUCUAACGGAGAUACACCAGUGUAUCAAGGACGUCUCAAUCCUGAUCAGAUCAAAGAUUUCGAAAACUUCUUGGGAUCUGUUAAUAAUGAUGACUUUGCAUCAACUUUAGUGUCUUGGUAUAUAUCAGGUUUUUAUACUGGGUACUACGCAGCUCUAAAGCAUGGCAAGCCUACAUGA